CCGCCCCCCCGGCCGUGUCUGGGCCCAGGCCUGGCCCGCGGAGAGGCGGGGCCGAGCCGGCCAGGAAUGCACAGCAGGGCAGAGAGGAGGAGAGCCGAGGAACAAGUAAGGGCACAUCCCGGGAGCUGCUGCUCAGCGCCCAGACAGAGCCCACGGGGAGGAAGCGGAGACAGGCAGGCCGGGCCGAGCGCGCAGCGGGGCUGCAGAACUCGGGCCCUCGAGCUUCUGGGUGCCGGGGGCCGCAAGAUCGGUGCCCGGGGACUGUCACGCGGGGCGAAAAAGGCAGGCGGGGCUGUCGUCCUAAAGGGUGUGAAUCGAAGGCUGUAACGUGAGAGCGCGGAGAGAUCGGGGACAGAUCCGACAUAGCGGGCACAGGUCACAGCCGGGCGGGGGGAUAGAGCGAGGGGGGGGCUCCGGGGCAGUCAGCGCCGGGGCACGUGUCCUGGUGUACCCGCCGCCUGUUAGACCAGUUUCUGGCUGCGCUCGGCAAGGAGCCGCGGGGGUGUCGGGGAGCCCUUCCCAAGGGGCAUGAUCAAAGUCUGAGGACCGUGGGGUAUCAGGACUCGGAGCCCCGAUGACGGCGGCCGCAGCGAAAGUCUUGAAGGAGGGGGUGCUGGAGAAACGCAGCGGGGGGCUGCUGCAGCUCUGGAAACGGAAGCGGUGCGUGCUGACCGAGCGAGGGCUGCAGCUCUUCGAGGUCAAAGGCACCGGCGGGCGGCCCAAAGAGCUCAGCUUCGAUCGCAUCAAGGCGGUGGAGUGCGUGGAGAGCACCGAGAGGCACAUCUACUUCACCCUGGUGACCGAGGACGGCGGGGAGAUCGACUUCCGCUGCCCCCUCGAAGACCCGGGCUGGAACGCACAGAUCACCCUGGGGCUGGUCAAGUUCAAGAACCAGCAGGCCAUCCAGACCGUGCGAGCCCGGCAGAGUCUUGGGCCGGGGACCCUGGUGUCUUAGGCCCAGCUCCCCUCAUGAUGCUCCGCCUGGAUCCCGCAGUCCUUUCAGUCCAGGGAACCAUAUCAGCUUCCCAGCCCUUUCAGAAACCGGGGAGCCUGAACUGUCCCUGCUGGUCAGGAUGAAUGAAGUGGACUCAUGUGAAUGGGCAGGAGCAGAAGGAAAUAGUGUCCAUGGGGCUUUGCUUCUCCUGGGGAGGAGAGUGGAAUGGCAGGAAGGACUGAGAAUGAAGAUACUGACCCUGGAGGCCCCAGAAAUGUCACUGCCUUUCAUAUAGACCCAUAUGACUGAAUUGUCUGAGAGCCUUUCACCACUCUCAGAAGAACCUCUAUUCCUCACGUGCAAUCCCAUUCUUGAAAAUCAAGAGACUGCCAUCAGUCAGUCUGGGCUCCAGCACUCAUCCAGUGAAGAAGAGGAUGUUCCCUCAACCAUGGGCUGGGUACUUCUAGGACUAUGUGAAAGAGGCAGGUGGGGCCAGCCUUAGCCUAGUGUGCUGUGAAGAGGAGCCAUGGUGACUGUCUCUGAACUCCUGCUUUGGGGGAGCAACCCCAAGGGAAUGGAACAGAUGGGGCUUAGUUCCCAGUCUUUGGGACUUGUUGCUGCUUAGGUCCUCUUGGGGGACCCUCUGUCUAGGCCCCUUCUCUGUACCCCCAUGACCUCAUACCUGUUCCCUCCCCGGCUGUGGUGUUAGGGUUCAGGGGUCUUGCCAUUACCAUUUCAUGCCAGUCACAGAAUGAAGAUGUCCCUGAUGAAGGGUAGUGACAACA